AUGUACGAGGAGCGCACCUACCGUAUGCAAGAGAAGCGAGUGAGCAGUGAUCAGCUUUCUGAGGAAUUGAGAAAAGUCAACUGUCGGCAUCUUCUACUCUGCUGCGAAAGAAAUGAGGCAGUUCGGUUCCCUUCCAUAGAAUUGAGCAGUGAACCAGAGUUUCGAAUGGCUGCUGAAUGGCGGAAGCUCCUGCAAAUUGCUGUCUUCUUUCUACAACCAAUCCCUCAUAAGAAUCGUGAACGUGUUGAAGAAGAAAGAUGGACCCGAGGCCAACCACCCAUCCGAAGCAGAUAUACCCCGUUGACAAACGAACGAAUACCCGUGCAGCGAACAAUCGAGGACUAUCGGCGGUCCGAUUAUCGAUACGACGACCAGGGACCAAUGAUUUUAGAGCUCUCCCAUAGACAACUCAAGUAUCCCCAUCCUCAUCUCCUCAAGUAUCCAUUCGUCGAGAUCCAA